CGCGAAGCCUGUUACGCGAGACGUGGUCUGGCGUACAUCUACCUUGUGUAAUGGCUUCACUGUAAUUCGUUAGUGUUCGUCAUUUGUCAUACUGUAUUUAUACACCUGUCUUGCCGCCAAUAAAUCAGUCAUCGAGCUUGUUAUCGUCCGUUUACCUUGCGUUGCUUCGCCCACACCUGCCUGCUGACCACACGUACCUACGGUCCAACAUCUCAAGCAUUGUCACGACUAAGACCCAUCGAUAAGCAACAAGCUGCACUGCACGUGUUAUCUGUCUUUGACGAACACCCACAUUUGACAAUGGCAUCCACGUCGCUGGCUCGCUGCGUCAUCAUCUGCACGCCACCGCACUCACCGCCCGAGACGCCGUCACCGCCACCAGCACCCCGUGCUUACCAGUGGGUCUUGCCAAGCCCUGACCUGCGGACGUCAGGGUGCCCACCAAAUGAAGCAGAUCCUCGAAGUCAUCGGCAGCGUAGCGAAGUACGAAAUGCACAAGAGGAAGGCAGUCCAUCACCCAGGGCCAGCAGAUACCAUCACUACGGGAGAAGGACGCCUACCAACACCCCGUCGCUACCCGUACCCGUGGUCGCUACAGACUGUUCUAUCGACCAGACUUCCAAGGCUACCCUGGAGAACAUGCUGCAAGACCUGCAAUAGUACCUUCGUUGUACCCCAGGUCGAGUUCUGCCUCCUCACAGCCCGGGUCAGGAAGGCCCCACUCUCCAAGCUGGACGCCGAGAUCAAGAGGCUCAGACACUCUAAUUUUUAUUGUUGCUUUGUAUCAUAAAAAGGAAGGACUGUAUUGAUUUUGAGCCCUCUGGCUCAAAAAUUGACGUGUCAAAAAAAUCAAAAACAAAGAGCCCAAAA